CCGAUCAUCUCUCUCUCUCAAGUCUCAAUCUCUUCGACAGAUAAGUAAUUCCUCGCGACAGAUUCACAUCGACCAAUGGGGAUCCUCUCCGUCGCUUCCCCGCCGGCCGCCUCCUCCUCUGCCGCCCGCUGCCGCGCGCACAAGUCCUUCCUCUUCUCCAACUACGUCCUCCUCGGCGCCGCCUCCAGCUGCAUCUUCCUCACCUUCUCCCUCCGCCUGCUCCCCUCAGCCUGCGGCUUCCUUCUCAUCCUUCUCCACGCCUUCACCAUCGCCGCCGCCAUAGCCGGCUGCGGGGCGGCCGCCGCCGCCGCCCCCUCCUCCCGCUGGUACGGCGCACACAUGGUCGCCACCGUGCUCGCCGCCAUCCUCCAGGGCGCCGUGGCCGUCCUCGCCCUCACCCGCACCGCCGACUUCCUCGCCGACGGGCUCAAGUCGUACGUGCGGGAGGAGGACGGCGCGGUGAUUCUGCGGAUGGUCGGGGCACUCGGCGUGCUCAUCUUCUGCAUGGAGUGGGUGGUCAUGGCGCUCGCCUUCGUGCUCAGGUACUACGCCUACAUUCACGACGGGGCCGGCACCGCCGCCGCCGCGGCCAAGGUGCAGCCGGAAGGGCAGUACGCCGGCGAUUGGCAGCCUUUCCAUGUCUGAAUCGGAGAUAUAUGCGAUUGUUCUUUAAUUAUCUGCUUUUUAUUUAAAUUAUAUAAAAAUAUAUAAAAUGGGUUGUUCAUUAUAAUUAAUAUUUUAUUGUUUUACAUUAUUUUAAAAUUUUAAUUAUUAAAAAAAUGUUUUUUAUUUUAAA